AUGGUGGCGUCCAGCAAGUCGACCAUGCGCGUCGCGAAGACCAAGAAGGGAAAGCGGUACCUUGAGAGUCGCGCUCCGAAGAUCGACGAGAACACCAAGAAGCUCCUCCUCGUCAAGGGCCGCAAGACCUCGCAGGUCGUCAAGGACCUCAUGCGCGACUUCGGGCGCCUGAAAGGCCUCGACAAACGCGUCAUGCAGCGCAACAACGAGAUCUCGCCGUUCGAGCCCGGCGGCGAGGAGCCGCUCGAGCACCUCAGCGACCGCAACGACUGCUCCCUGUUCCUCCUCGGGAGCCACUCCAAGAAGCGGCCCCACAACAUCACGCUCGGGCGCAUGUUCGAUUACCGCCUGCUCGACAUGAUCGAACUCGGAGUGACCGGGUACCGCUCCAUGGACUCGUUCCGCGGCGCCGCCGCCGCCCUGCAGUCUGGCAACAAGGCGUGUAUGUGCUUCCUGGGCUCGGAGUUCGAGUCUGACUCGGCGCUCGCGACCGCCAAGUCGCUCCUCUGCGACCUCCUCCGCGGCCCCGAGGUCCCCUCGGUCAACCUCAAGGGCCUCGACCACGUCAUCUGCUGCUGCGCCGCCGACGGCAGGAUCAUGCUCCGGCAGUACGCCAUCGCUCUGAAGAAGUCCGGGACGCGCGUGCCGCGCGUCGCGCUGACCGAGGCCGGGCCGUCGGUCGAUCUGGUCGUGCGGCGCGUGCGCGUGGCGGACCCGGAGCGCAUGAAGGAGGCGUCCAAGCGCCACAAGGAAAAGGGCCGCAGCAAGAUCAAGAACGCCGGGUUCGACAGCAUGCUCGGGAAGGUGGGCAAGGUGUACAUGCCGCAGCAGGACGUGGGGGAGAUAGCGAUGAAGAAGACGAAGGGGACGAAGCGCGAGGCGCGGGAGGCGGCGGGGGCGCGCAAGCGGGCCAGGACCACCGGGGGCGGCGCGGAGUGA